GCUGGAGGGAUGAUAUUUACAAAAAGCCCAAUGCCGCGCUCACUGACCUGCACGUAAGCACGUCUCGUCUCGUAUCAACUGCAGCCAUGCCACCACAUUCCGUCCUCGUUCUUGGCCUCGGCGAGCUAGGCGAGGAGGUCGUCAAAUCCCUCGCUACUCAUCCUGAGCGCAACAACAUCAAGAUCGCGGUGCUGCUCAGGUCCAGGAAGCCACAGCAUGAGACACGGCUGCAGCAAUGGAACGUUGAACCUGUGCUUGGCAAUGUGACCGAAGACACGCAGGAUGCACUCACAGACACCUUCCGUUCCUAUCAUACAGUCAUCUGCUGCACAGGCAUGUACUCGCCGCCGUCAACGCAGAUCAAGAUCGCGAAAGCAGUCCUCAGCGCCGGAGUCAAGCGCUACUUUCCAUGGCAAUUCGGCAUCGACUACGACGUGAUCGGCCGAGGUAGCGGACAGGAUCUUUUCGACAGCCAGCUUGAUGUGCGAGAUCUUCUCCGAGGACAAUCCCAAGCACAAUGGGUCAUCGUGUCAACGGGCAUGUUCAUACCAUUCUUGUUUGAGCCAAGUUUCGGGUUGGUCAAUGCUGAGAGGUCCGUCGUGACCGCCAUUGGAAGCUGGGAGAACGAGAUCACGGUGACCAAUCCUGAAGAUAUCGGGAAGGUGACAGCGGAUAUCGCAAUGCGACAUCCGGAUGUGUCUGGCGUAAUUCAUGUUUCCGGUGACACGAUUUCCAUGCAACGUUUGGCAGAGGUUGUCGAGCAAAGCACAGGGAAAGCAGUGGUUCGGAAGCUGAAGACAAUGGAAGAAUUGGAGCAAGAGCUUGCAGACAGGCCCGACGAUGGCAUGCGUAAGUAUCGGGUUGUGUUCGGCAGAGGCAUUGGGGUUAGCUGGCCGAAAGACGAGUCCUUCAAUGCAAAGCAGGGAAUAGCUACAACCGUGGUCGCGGAUUGGGCAUUGCAAAACAUAAGAACAUAAGACCACUUUGAAGCUGCCAAGCGCAGAAGAAACAGC